ACUCUGUCAGGAGCACAAAUGAUAUGAUGGCCAUAACAUACAGCUGGAGAAGACAGGAAGUUAUUACCAAGUCUCCUGGUGUGGCAGAAUUCAAGGAAAGAUGGCCUGCCCUCUUCGAACCAUUCCAGGUAAACGAGGAGUUCCGAAGAUGUACUGCAGUUUCCCUGGAAGCGACGUUUAUGUCACAGCUGGACAAAUACACCCCAAAGCUCCUAGAACUCUUUAGUGCCAAGGGAGGAGCAACUGGUCAACGCAUCAAAAAGUUGUUGAUGGAUCUGAUACAGGACCCAAGUGCCACUACAGUGAAGAAGAGAGAUGUCACUCUGAGAUGCCUCUUUGAGUAUAUGGGAGAGAGUGGACAGGAGCUUAUCUCGGAUUACUGUGGGGCCGCAGAGACCAUUGUUCAUGAGGACCUGAAAAUUAAGAACAUGAGCAUCUAUGUCUGCCGUGAGCCAGAUGCAGUAGGAAUCAUCAUUGAGGGAAUACCAGUCCUUACCAAUCUUGGAAACCUGGCCAAAGCAUGCUGCUUCCUGCUUGGGUUGACAUAUGCACUCAAUCUUGAGUAUCCAUCCAAGCUUUCCAAAACAUUUGAGGUGUUUCAAAGACUUUUCGUGGGACUUGACACACUGCGCCCAAAACCAAGCCCCAAGUUCAUGACCCUGAAAAACAAACUCCUUGCCUAGGCACUCAGACAUGACUGUCACUGCACUUGUGAACAGCUGUUUUCUUUGUCUGUUCAACAUCAUUAUACAUUGGACAUAAUGGGUGUUAUGUCCAAUGUUAUAUUGGACAUAAUUGGACAUUCAGGGUGUUGUAAUGGUUUAUCCUUGUCAUGUUUUAUACUGUACACAGGUCAUACUUCCUGGUGUGAAAAAGUAAUUAUAUUUUAUACACACAAAAUAGACCUGCUGUGAAGCUGCACUUUAAAAACUGGUCAGUAGGUGAGAUCAGUGAGAUGUUUGACUAAAGAUGUUUCAAAAUAUUCACACACGCUGUGAAGGUAUUAUGCCAAGUUGAGGUCAGAUGGUCAUGCUUGUGACCUGUAAUGUUAGUGUUAUAAUGUUUCAAUAUUAUGUUCACACUGUACUGUUAAAAGGAUAGUUCACUUCAAAAUGAAAAUUCUGUCAUCAUUUACUCACCCUCAAGUUGUUUUAAACCUGUAUGAAUUUCUUUCCUCUACAGGACACAAGGAAGAUGUCUGAAGAAUGUCAGUAACCGAACAGUUAACUGGACCCAUUGACUUCCAUAUUAGAAAAAAAUAAAAAGACUAUGGAAGAACAUUCUUCAAAAUAUCUUCCUUGUGUUCAGCAGAAGAAAGAAAUUCAUACAGGUUUAAAACAACUUGAGGGUGAGUAAAUGAUGACAGAAUUUUCAUUUUGAAGUGAACUAUCGUUUUAAGGUGUUUUACUAACCUACUAUUUACAAGCUGAGGUCAUAUUUUGUUUAAUACAUGAAUACAGAAGUUCUUGAUUGUUUAUACUGUCCAGCUCAUUCCCACUAUUUGGAUAUGGCAUGUGAAUUGUUAAAAAAAUAGCAAGUGCCAGUUAACUUGAUAUUAAAAUGUUUUAAUAUUAUGUAUGUACACAUAGUAAAAUAUACUGUGAAGGUGUUCUUCUAACCUGCACUUUAUAAGUUGAGGUCAUGCUUUUUUUAAUGCAUGAAUAGAUGUUAUUGAUUGUUAACACUAUCCAGCUCAUUUUGAAUUUGGUUUGUAAAUUGUUACUUAAUUUUAAAUUUUAAUUUUAAAUUUUUAAAUUUUGUAACAUUAUGUACACAGAACUGUACUGUGAAGGUGUUCCACUAACCUGCACUUUAUUUGCUGAGGGCAUGUUUUCUUGAAUGCCUGAAUACCAAUGUUUAUACUGUCCAGCUCAUUGCUACUGUUUUGGAUAUGGCAAUGAUUUAAUAAAUGUUGGAAAUUGA